CAAUAACAUAAAAUACAUACUUUAACAACACAAUGAGUGAAGACCACAACUGGAAGUUUGCCCAAUGCUUUGGCGACAAGGGAGACUCAGACGACAUUACAGAAGCUGAUAUUAUUACUACGGUCGAAUUUGAUCCAACCGGAGACUAUUUAGCCACCGGUGACAAAGGAGGAAGAGUUGUAUUGUUUGAACGCAAUGAAAGUAAAAAGGGGUGCGAAUAUAAAUUCCAUACUGAGUUUCAGUCGCAUGAAGCCGAAUUUGAUUAUCUUAAGAGUUUAGAGAUUGAAGAGAAAAUCAACAAGAUCAAAUGGUGCAAGAGACAAAACUCGGCACAUUUCUUACUGUCAACCAAUGACAAAACAAUCAAGCUUUGGAAGGUUUUUGAGAAAUCUCUUCGGGUUGUAUCUGAGAGUCCAGUAGCACCUGACGCUCCUCAGCCCGCUUUGAGAGUUCCUAAGCUUACACAUCGGGAUACUAUUGUGGCUGCUGUGCCACGUAAAGUCUAUGCAAAUGCCCAUGCGUACCAUAUUAACUCUAUAUCAACAAAUUCGGACGGCGAGACUUAUUUGUCAGCAGACGACCUGAGGAUUAACUUAUGGAAUAUGGAUAUUUCUGAUCAGAGUUUCAAUAUUGUGGACAUUAAACCUGCUAAUAUGGAGGAGCUCACUGAGGUCAUUACUGCAGCAGAAUUUCAUCCUUUGCAAUGCAAUGUUUUUAUGUACAGCUCUAGUAAAGGUUCUAUUAAGCUGAGUGAUAUGCGUCAAUCUGCAUUGUGUGAUCAACACGCUAAAGUAUUUGAAGAAGCAGAGGAUCCUGCCAACAGAUCUUUCUUUUCCGAGAUUAUUUCAUCUGUAUCAGAUGUUAAGUUUAGUCAGGAUGGUCGAUAUAUUCUUUCAAGAGAUUACCUUACUCUAAAGAUUUGGGAUAUCAACAUGGAUAACCGACCUGUCCAAACUAUCCAGAUUCACGAUCAACUGAGAAACAAGUUGUGUGAUCUGUAUGAGAACGACUGUAUUUUUGAUAAGUUCGAAUGUAACUUUAGUGCGGAUGGGCAAUCUGUUCUCACAGGAUCUUACAGCAACACAUUCCAUAUCUAUGACCGCGAGGGCAAGACUGAUAUUGCUCUUGAGGCAGAUAAAAAUGCGUUCAAGGCUAAACGCCUUGGAUCAGCCAAGAACAAGCUUUCCAUGGCACGAGGUGGUGCCAAGAACGGGAUGUUGAAUGACUCGAUGGACUUUAGUAAAAAGAUCCUUCACGCGUCGUGGCAUCCUCAUGAAAACUCCAUUGCUGUGGCAGCUACAAACAACCUUUUUAUCUUUACUGAGUAAUGAAAGGUUUGGGUUUAAGCGACAAAAGAAGAAAAAAAAAAGACAGAACGUCGAUCGCUCGUCCAUGUUGUCUUCCUCUCUUUCCCCUCUUCCCUUUUUCAAUGUUAGUUUCUCAUCAUGUAUUUCCUGUUUGCCACCACUGC